UUCGGCCACCGAGGCCGAUGUACACCAAGUGGACACACACACACUCACACAUAGUCAGUCAGUCGCCGAAUAUAGCAAAUCUGGGCAUGGCACGGUGUUUGUAGCAGGCCCCAUCUGAGCAGCAGCAGCAGCCCAGAUUCGGAGCCCAAUCAAGUGAUCAUCUGAUGAUUCUGCUCAUCUGGGAUGUGGUCUCGGUCGUGGCAUCAAAUUGCUUGCUUUUAUGCUUCUUCGUUGGAACGCAGUGUUUUCUUUGCUUCCAGUGGCUCUAGAUGUGUUCGCGGAGGAGUCUCAGUGUAUAGUUGUGGUGCUGCAACGAGGUUGAGGUUCUUCGAUUGGACUGCAGGUUUCCUACGGGGUUGAAACUGAGCAGCUUGCUUGAUCCUUAUUUGAAGCUAUGACGUUACCCAGCUUGUGGCCUGGCAUGUUGGACUUGUGGCCAAUCAACCCACAUUUGCCUCUACCCGGCAUCAUCCACGGGCUCUUAGUGUCCGUCUUCGUACUUUCUCCGUUUCCGUUUUAUUGGUACUUGUGGACAUACCCUAAGAAGUGGAUAAAAAUCUGCGAAGGCGUCGACCCAUCUCACCGAAUGGCCCAAAUUGCUCACAUUCUCAAGUCUCUACAAAUUAUCAGUGUCGUCUCCGUUGCAACGUUCUCCCCACCUCCACUUAUUUGUGUAGUACUGUUCGCACUUGGGCAGAUUCUGAAUUACAGGGUGUAUGAUCUGCUGGGGGAAGAAGGAGUAUACUACGGAGGGUGCUUUGGGAAGGACCUUCCAUGGGUGGAGAAGUUCCCCUUCGGCUACUUCAGAGAUCCACAGUACGUUGGCUCGAUUAUGAGUCUCCUUGGGGUUUCGUGUUGGGUGCCGUUUCCCUUCAUAGCCUUGUGGACUGUCGGUUACGUAUUCAUGAUGUUUCUUGAGCAAGAAGACCCCAAAAGCAGGGCAGUUCAUAUCUCCUGAGCAGCACCUAGUCUUUUAGUUCUGUUUUGUAUGUAUCCAGAUCGCUAAAUUCCAUUCUUCAAACCUGUUUUCAGCCUCCUUAGCUUCCAUUGCUUGCCAUAGAUGUUGGUUUCCUCCCAGUGCUGUAGUUCGAGCUUUUGGGUGAAUUUUCUGCAUGGCCUUCCUUCGCUUGAGUCUCUCAUCCAGUGAAAGCCAGCUACCUCUCAAAGCUUCUGUGGUUUCCAUUGAUUGACGGAAGCUGUCUUUCGCUGUAUGCCGGUUUUCCACUGAAUAAUCUGAGAACCAUAGGAAUUGGAAAUAUGUUGAGAGGUAGAUAACAUUUAGAUAGAAGGUUGCGCUGGACUUUACACAAGUAGUAAAAAGUUUCAGACUGCUAGAAUGUAACAAACUAGACAGCAUUCCCAAAAGUCUGAAACUUGUUUGUUUUCAAUUAAUAUUUCAUAUUGUCUGAACUUUUUGACACUUGUGAGCACACUGUUCAGUGACCGAGUUCCAGACUGUAUUAUUACUAUUAUUAUUUUUUUUA